AUAAAAAAAACUCCGAUAACAUCUCUUUAACUUUUUCCCACCCGGUUGAAAGCAGCAUGACGUAGUUUACAGUGCCCAAUCGUGAAACGUCUUUCCUCCUCCCCUGGCCAAUAGGAGGCGACGAGGAGUGCCUGUCAGUCACAGGUAAGGGUUGGAUGGUAAAAAAAAGUGGGUGAAAAGGGCCGGAGACUGGAGCGAGCCCGGGCUGAUGGCAGAGCUAUGCGGAGGAGCAGCAUCGUGCCUGCGGAUGUAGCAGAAACUUUCCACGGCUUCUCCAGCAGGGAUGCGACCAGGAACCAACAUAGAGGAAAUAAAUUAAGCGAUAGCAGUGCUCCACGGAGGGAGUAGCCUAAAAUGCGGAUGAACUGACAUUUACUCCUCUUCCCUGGCCGGUUAAUCAUCUUGAAGAACCGAGCAAAUUUCGCUUUUUUGAAAAUGGCCGUUCGUGGUAACUCGCUGAUGCCUUUCUCAAUCCAAGCCAUCCUGAAUAAAAAUGACGACAGCCGACACUUGCCGGAUUUGGACAUGUGCUUCUCCAAAACGGCGUGCUGGAAAAUAUUUGGCGGGUCUCGGAGAGAUGAUGGGGAAGCUUGUGAGCCGACGGACCAGAAAAGCUACGACUCCGAUUCGGGACUCAGCGAUGACAACGACCGCAAGACUCCAGGCGGGUGCAAGUCAGAGAAAGACGGAGACCCUGCAUCGGAUGUGCCGGAGGAAAGUUUGCAGGAGGAGACGGACCACGAGUCGGCAGCUGCGGAAAACGCAAAGAGUGACAGUGAGCCCAAUAAUGCAGAAUCCAGCACCCUGGACGAGAAGAGCCUGGCGCAGCCCAAACAGCGGAAAAAACGCUCCAGGGCCGCCUUCUCACAUGCGCAAGUCUUUGAGUUGGAGCGUCGCUUCAACCACCAGCGGUACCUGUCCGGGCCGGAGCGGGCGGACCUGGCGGCCUCCCUGAAGCUCACAGAGACUCAGGUCAAGAUCUGGUUCCAGAACCGCCGGUACAAGACGAAACGCCGCCAAAUGGCUGCCGACCUGAUGGCGUCGACACCGGCAGCCAAGAAGGUGGCGGUGAAAGUUUUGGUGCGGGACGACCAGAGACAGUACAGCCCGGGAGAGAUCCUGAGGCCCCCGCUGCUCUCCCUGCAGCCGUCCUACUAUUACCCCUACGCCUACUGCCUCCCCGCAUGGACACUCUCUGCAUGUGCGGGGAAUCAGUGAGAACUCGGUGACUGUAUUUAUUCAUUUUUGUUUGAUUAUUUUGCUCCCAGGAACUCAAACUAACUAUACUUGUUUUCUGACAAGAGGAUGAGACCUGAGGGGACUGUAAAUCUGCUCAUCGUGUUGGUCAGACGAGGGGUUCCCAAACGGUUUUUUCACAUCCUCAGAUACUUAAAAACGACUCCUUCUUUCAUUUGUUAAGAGUAUGUCCCGAGGAACCCCGUUAAAGAAGACAUUUCUAAUGGUUUAUAGGCUGUUAAAUCAUAACUGUCUGAACUGUAGGUGAGCGGGGAGACUGGACCUCCUUAUUAAAUGUCAGUAUGUUAACCUCUAAAGGAGUGACACAGUGAUAACAUAAUAAUAACUCGGAGCCCCUCAAGGACCUCUGACGCCCCCCCGCCCCCCCUCUCCCCCUGACCCCACUUUGGGAACAGGCGGCCUAAAUAGACUGAAAAUAUCACAUUAUGUUGGUUUAUAUUUUACAUGCGCCUUCCUACCUCUGCAGUGAUUGGAAAUAGGCAUAUUCCAUUGACUUUUCAUGCAACUGUCUUUAGGUUGCCUUUUUGUUUCUUGCUGUGUUUGUAAAGGUAAGAUUUCAGCACUUUUUUAGCUAGGCCUAUAUACGUUACAUUACUUUAAUGUAAAAUGCAUUAUAGUGUGGGCAUGUACAGUGUCAGACUAAGAGGAGGCGGUCACUUGUGUUAUUGGCCUGAAAAGGAUCUCGUGGCAGGAAGCAGGCUUUAAAACAGACCAGCUUCUAAUUGAAAUGUACAUGUGUUAUGUGUGUUAAAUGAUUGUUUAGAUCGAAAAAAAAAUUAAAACAUAUCAGGCAUCA